UCGGUAGACUCCCACAACAAUAACAUCAUGCCUACCUCGGAGGAUUCCGAAAUCGACCUCUCCACCCUCAGCAAAGAAGAGCUGCAACAAGAAGUUCAACGAAGGGUGGACGCCCAACUUGCGAAGGAGAGAGCAGAAAUCGCCCCACUGCCAGCAGAACAGCAGUCACCUACCAUCGGCGAGCAGUCGCUACGUCCCACACCAGCCGACAUACCGCCCACCGGCAACCAGCCUUCACCCUCCAGCCAGGGAUCCCAAUCAUUCAACAAUCCCAUCAACGUCGCCAACAUCGUGGCGCAAGCGGUCAAGGCGACAGCCGAGGCCAUGUCUGGACAUCAGGGCUUUGCCCACACAGGCACGUUUCGUGUCAACCCCGGCUCUGACAUAGACCCUUGGCUUGGAAGUGUGAAGAAAGAGCAGGAUUUGUAUAUUAUGUUUGAUGUUUUUCGCAGUAAGAUGGUGUCGUAUUUUCAGGAAGAGGGUGUAUAUGAUGUAUUAGGGAUCACUGAUGUCAAGGUUGGCAAGAGGGGUGUGGAUCUAGCAGAGCUAAGGGGCAUCUUCGGGACUGAUGUGGUGGACAAGUCGUUGAAGUUGUGGAAUAUUAUCAUCAGCAAGAUUCUAUACCCUCCGAUCCAGAACUUGAUCAUGGCAUGUGAGAGUCCCCAGCAGGGGUGGAAGAUCGUCACGAAGUUCUACCAAGAGAAGAAGGAGUCUGAGAAGACUAGGCUUGAGCAAGAGUGGUUGGCGUUAGAAAUGCGUGAGUCGGAGAACCCACAGGAUUACAUAGCAAGGUCGGAAGCUCUUCGAUUACGUCUUGCCUCAGUAGGAACUAUCAAAGACACAACACAUGCUUACAAGGACGUUGUGCGCGGCCUUCCCCCAUCGUAUGCCGUGCAAAAAGGAAUAUUGCUAGCAAGCGAUGUCGUGACUUUGCAUGCCCUUGAGACUGUGGUGAGGGACGCCCACAUGGAGAUGGAGCGCGAGAGGAGCAAGGAGCAGAGGCGAGAGGCGGAGCUCGCCCUCGUCGCGUCCGGUGCGAGCCGGAGCGGCGGGGGCAAUGGGGGGGCAUCCGGGGGACAAGGAGUAGUCGACGGUCAAGACCGUGAAAUCCGUGAUGGCGAGAGAAACCGUGACGUGUUCGUCGAAGAUCCCACCGGUUUUUGCCGCUACCACCAGUCCGAACUACACACGAACGGGCAAUGCCGUUACCAGCAGCAUCUGCGGCGGACUCGCACGAGAGCAGCCGCCGAGGAUCGCCACGGAGGUGGCGGCGGAGGCCGUGGCGGCGGCUGGAGCCAGCGAGGAGGAAGACCGCCGUCGGGAGCCGGCCGGGGUGGCGGGCGUUGGGCGUACGUUGUGUACUACGCCCACGAUGAUGGUGGCUACUACGAAGACUAUGGCGACUACGACGACGGCUACUACUACGACGGCGGCUACCACGACGCCGGGUACGCCCACUACGCCGGCGGUGGAGACAGCUACAGCUACCCCUCAGGGCAGUAUGUCAUUGUAGGAGAUGGUCGUCUGCUGAAGGUGAAAGCAAUCGGUAGCAUCAACCUCAGCUUUUUCCAGGAAGGCUCUGCUACCGUAGUACCUUCGAGUGAGAGCGUCCCGCCCACUGGUCCAACCAGUGUAGUACCUGCGAGUGAGAGCGUCCCGCCCGCCGGCUAUGCCGACGUAGUACCUUCUUCGGCUUCCGGUUUUGAGUGUGUGGGUACUUUCCCGGGUAUGGAUCUUGGAGAUACGAGUGUGCUCACCGACGAGCAGCUCAUGGAUGGCUAUGAUGACACCCCACAUCAAGAUUUUUUCCCCGUAUUUAUCCCAGAGAGUGACGCUGCGAAUGUGGCUGGUGUUUUGGAUAGCAUUGACGGAGGUUCUGAUUUUGACUUGGGUGCGGCCGCGCUUGGCCCUGGUGCGUCCCCGUUCACUCUUGGAUCGACCGAAAAGUCCGUUGACAUCAACCGCUUCCACCGCUCCCUUGCCCACGCUUGCGAGCCUCUUUUGAGAGAAACUGCCCAGCAGAGAGGCAUCGUGCUCACCGGCAAGCUGGAACCGUGCACGGACUGCAUGAAGGCGAAGGGCAGGCGAGCGUCGGUGCCGCGGGGGCCGGGAGCGAGGGCGUCCAAGCCUCUCGGGCGUGUUCACCUGGACCUGUGUGGACCGCUGGUGCCUUCCCUGGGCGGCAACCUCUACCUGUUCGUCGCCGUGGACAGCGCCUCGCGGUGGAACAAAGUCUACGGUCUCCGGCGGAAGUCCGACGCGCUGGCGGCAACGAAAAGGCUGCUGGCGGACGUGGGGCGGUACGACCUCGGACGAAUCGAAUGUUUCCGCGUCGACAACGGCACAGAGUGGACCCGCGGCGAUUUCCGGCGCUUCUGCGACGACAACGGCAUCGGCGUCGAGUUCACCCCGCCCGGCGUCCCGCAGUACAACGGCGUCGUCGAGAGCGCCAUCUGGCGGAUCAUGAAGGCCGGCAUGGCCGCCCGCCGCAGCGCUGGCCGUGUGUUCCACGUCGACUUCGCCUCCAUCCCCGGCCUCGACGAGCGUGGUGACCGUCUUUGGAUGGAAUCGGCGAAGUGGGCCGCCGACGCUCUCAACCAGUCGGCGACCAAGGCCAACCCCGGGCGGCGCUCGCCGCACGAGAUGUUCACCGGCGAGCAGGGGCCGUUCCGCGUGCUGCCGUUCUUCCAGCCCGGCUUCAUGCGCGAGGACCGCCGCACCAAGCUCGACGACCAGGCCACGCUCUGUUACUACCUGAACGGCGGCGACAACCACCCGAGCGGCACCGUCAAGGUCCUCAAGGCGUCCACCGGCCGCGUCGUCUACACCAACAACGUGUCGUGGGUGACGUCGGCGCCAGCCGGCGAGGGGGGUUCCGCUGGUAUCACCGCUGCGCCGACACCCCCCCCGUUCACGCCGCCGGUCGUCUCGAUCAACUUUGGCCCAGCACCGACGCCUUCGACCGCCACACCGCCACCGCCAGCGCCCACGCCGUCGCCCGCUCCCGCUCCCGCUGCCUCUUCGACUCCUGCCGCAACGCCGCCGCCAGCGACCACGCCGCCGCCCGCUCCCACGACUUCACAGCCGCCCUCUGCCACUUCGCCGUCACCGUCGGCGACCCCCGCUCCUGGCAAUCCGUCCUCUGCCUCUCCACCGUCACCGUCGGCGACCCCCGAUCCAUACCAGCCGCCGCCGCCGCCGGACCCCGCGAUGCCCCCGCUUACGGCUCACGCCAUGCGGCAGCUUCGCCCGGGUACAAAGGCCGAGGGUAUGACAGACCCGCGGCUGCCAAGCCGUACGAGAUCGGGCACGAGGCACAGCACAGGACUCAUCUCGAUGCUAGACAGGAACACUCUGGUGUCGAUGUUGGAGGCUCGGAGCGCGGUGGAUAAGGAGCGCAGGGAGCUGGGGGGGGCGGAGGCCGGAGAGCCGGGGGGAACGGGGGCCGGAGAGCAGGCGGGAGCACUCGCAGCAGUGGACCCGGGGGCUGCAGGAGCGGGCUUUCCACUCGCAUUUGCCACGCUCCUCGCCAACCGGGAAGACAUCGACGCCACGCUGCGAGACCAGCGCCCGCCGGAGCAACGCCCUGACCUUCCGCAUUGCCAGGCCAGCGACCUUCGUGUCCCCAAGAGCUACAAAGAGGCCAUGGCGUCGGAGCACCGGCACCUUUGGAGCGACUCUAUGCAAAGGGAGUUUUAUGGCUUGUUGGAAGCGGGGACUUUUACUCCGGCGAAGAUGUUGGCUGCUUUGGCGUGCGAGUUGAACCUCGACUUGUGUCAUUUCGAUGUUGAGCAAGCUUUUGUGCGUUCGGAGUUGGAGGAAGACGUGUACAUGCGUUUGCCGCAGGGAUGUGGAGCUCUAUCAGGAAUGAUUGUAAAACUAGGCAAGAGUCUGUAUGGCUUAAGACAGGCAUCUAGGCAGUGGCAUGCAAUGCUGAAGAGGUGUUUGGUGGCGUUAGGAUUUGAGCAGUGCAUGGCCGAUGCUUGUGUGUUUCGUUUGAUUGAGGAUGGAUGUGUUGUUUUGAUUUUGGUUGUACAUGUAGAUGACAUCUUUGCUGUUGGAGAGAGGGAGAGAUGUGAUAAGUUUGGCGCUGACCUUAACAAGUCCGUGCCAGUGAAGAACCUGGGAGAGUUGAGAUGGUAUUCUGGGUGCUUUUACGAGAGGAAUAAGGAGACCGGUAGGUUGACGAUUUCUCAGCAGACUUUCACGGACGAGCUAGCAGCAGAAUAUGGAGUAGUGGGAGGUAGGAGCGUUCCGAUGUCUUCGGGUGUGAAGCUUUCUGAUUUUGAUGCGGAUGAGGUGGCGACAGACUUUCCGUUUCGUGAGCUGGUAGGAUCGUUGAUGUGGCUGGCGACUCAGACUAGACCAGACAUUGCGAAUGCAGUAAGGGCAGUAGCUAGGUAUUGCGCAUCUCCGAAGCUGGUACACUGGAAUGCAGCGAUGGAUAUUUUAGGCUAUGCGAGGAGGACGAGUCACUUUGGUAUUUCGUUUCAGAGAGGUACGGUAGAGGGAUUCAGCUUGCAGGGAUACGCUGAUGCGGACUUUGCAAGCAAGGCAGCAGACCGUAGGUCGGUAUCAGGGGGGAUCGUGACGUGUGGAGGAGGCGCUGUGUCUUGGUUUUCCAGAACGCAAAAAUGCGUCACGCUUUCGACGACAGAAGCAGAGUACGUCGCGCUAGGCGACGUAGUGAAGGAGAUUUUGUUUUUGAGGCAGAUUUGGCGUUUCAUGUUGCCGCAGGUCGGCAUGCCGUGCAUCCCCGUCUUCGAGGACAACCAGGGGGCGAUUCAACUAGCGCAGAACCCCAUCUCAAACUCGAACUCGAAGCACAUAGAUGUAAGGCACCAUUUUCUCAGGGAACUGGUAGAGAGGAAGGAGAUUUCGGUGAUUCACGUGCCGUCUCCGUACCAGCGUGCAGACUUUCUUACGAAAAGUUUGCCCAAGGAUGCGUUCGAGUCUCACCGUGAUUUUGUGAUGAAUUUGGCAUGA